CCUCGGAGUUGCCCGGAUGUAGUUGGUGGAGCGGCGGCGGCGGCACCGGUGGCGGCGACGACAGGCGAAGGAGAAGGGAAAGGCGGCGGCAGGGGGAGAGGAGGGCAAGAGGCGGCGGAGCUAGAGGAGGUGAAGGCGGAGGAGGCAGUCGCUCUCCGCGGGGCUGUGCAGGACGCGUCUUGUUGCCCCCCUCCCCCCGGUUUGCCGCUUCCGCCGUGUAGGUGGCGCCUCUCUCCAGGCUGAGAGUGAGCGUGGUGUUGUCGGAGGGAGAUGGCCCGGGAGCGCCGGCGCCAGUAACGGGGAGGUGCUGAGAGUCGCCUAGGGCGCGCCGGACUCGGGUGCCGGUGCUGCCGCCCGCCCGCCCGCCUCUCGCGGCUGCUCCCCCCCUCCCCCGACACACACUCACAGGUCGUGCAUUGAUGGUAAUGUAUGCGAGGAAACAGCAGAGACUCAGUGAUGGCUGUCACGACCGGAGGGGGGACUCGCAGCCUUACCAGGGGGGUGAUGUUUUACAGGCACUUAAGUAUUCAUCGAAGAGUCACCCCAGUAGUGGUGAUCACAGACAUGAGAAAAUGCGAGACGCCGCAGAUCCUUCACCACCAAAUAAAAUGUUACGGAGAUCUGAUAGUCCUGAAAACAAAUAUAGUGACAGCACAGGUCACAAUAAGGCCAAAAAUGUGCAUAUUCACAGAGUUAGAGAGAGGGAUGGUGGGACCAGUUACUCUCCACAAGAAAAUUCACACAACCACAGUAGUCUUCAUAGUUCAAAUUCACAUUCUUCUAAUCCAAGCAAUAAUCCAAGCAAAACUUCAGAUGCAUCUUAUGAUUCUGCAGAUGACUGGUCUGAGCACAUUAGCUCUUCUGGGAAAAAAUACUACUACAAUUGUCGAACAGAAGUUUCACAGUGGGAAAAACCAAAAGAGUGGCUUGAAAGAGAACAGAGACAGAAAGAAGCAAACAAGAUGGCAGUUAAUAGCUUCCCAAAAGAUAGGGAUUACAGAAGAGAGGUGAUGCAAGCAACAGCCACUAAUGCAUUUGCCAGUGGAAUGGAAGACAAGCAUUCCAGUGAUGCCAGUAGUUUGCUCCCACAGAAUAUUUUGUCUCAAACAAGCAGACACAAUGACAGAGACUACAGACUGCCAAGAGCAGAGACUCACAGUAGUUCUACGCCAGUACAGCACCCCAUCAAACCAGUGGUUCAUCCAACUGCUACCCCAAGCACUGUUCCUUCUAGUCAAUUUAUGCUACAGUCUGAUCACCAGCCAAAGAAAUCAUUUGAUGCUAAUGGAGCAUCUACUUUAUCAAAACUGCCUACACCCACAUCUUCUGUCCCUGCACAGAAAACAGAAAGAAAAGCCUUAUUAUCUCCUGUUUAUUUAGAAUCUACAUCAGGAGACAAAUCUGUAUCACAUUCUUGCACAACUCCUUCCACGUCGUCUUCUGGACUGAAUCCCACGUCUGCACCUCCAACAUCUGCUUCAGCAAUCCCUGUUUCUCCUGUUCCACAAUCACCAAUACCUCCAUUACUUCAGGAUCCAAAUCUUCUUAGACAGUUGCUUCCUGCUUUGCAAGCUACGCUGCAACUUAAUAAUUCUAAUGUGGACAUAUCCAAAAUAAAUGAAGUUCUUACAGCAGCUGUGACACAAGCAUCGUUGCAGUCUAUAAUUCAUAAGUUUCUUACUGCUGGACCAUCAGCUUUCAACAUAACUUCUCUGAUUUCUCAAGCUGCUCAGCUCUCUACACAAGCCCAGCCAUCUAAUCAGUCUCCAAUGUCUUUAACGUCUGAUGCAUCAUCCCCAAGAUCCUAUGUGUCUCCAAGAAUAAGCACACCUCAAACUAACACAGUCCCUAUCAAACCUUUGAUUAGUACUCCUCCUGUUUCAUCACAACCAAAGGUUACUACUCCUGUCGUUAAGCAAGGACCAGUUUCACAAUCGGCCACACAGCAGCAGCCUGUAACUGCUGACAAACCACAAGGUCAUGAUCCUGUUUCCCCUCGAAGUCUUCAGCGCUCAAAUAGCCAGAGAAGUCCAUCACCUGGUCCAAAUCAUACUUCUGGAAGUAAUGCAUCAAAUGCAGCAGUUGUACCACAGAAUUCAUCUACCCGAACUACAUGUUCAUUAACACCUACGCUAGCAGCACAUUUCAAUGAAAAUCUCAUAAAACAUGUUCAAGGAUGGCCUGCAGAUCAUGCAGAAAAGCAGGCAUCAAGAUUGCGAGAAGAAGCCCAUAACAUGGGGAGUGUUCAUAUGUCAGAAAUUUGUACUGAAUUAAAAAAUUUAAGAUCUUUAGUCCGAGUAUGUGAAAUUCAAGCAACUUUGAGAGAGCAAAGGAUACUAUUUUUGAGACAACAAAUUAAGGAACUUGAAAAGCUAAAAAAUCAGAAUUCCUUCAUGGUCUGAAGAUGUGAAUAAUUGCACAUGGUUUUGAGUACAGGAACUGUAAAUCUAUUGCCCAAUCUUAACAUUUUUGAUCUGCAUUUAAGUAGACUUUGGACCGUUAAGCUGGGCAAAGGAAAUGACAAGGGGACUGAGGUCUGUGAGAGUUGAUUCAGUGGAAAGAGACAAGACUGAUGUAAAACCCUUGAAAUGUAGAUUUAAUGUAGAUGUAUUCUUCACGUUGUAAAUAUGUUUUGUAGAGUGAAGCCAUGGGAAGCCAUGUGUAACAGAGCUUAGACAUCCAAAACUAAUUAAUGCUGAGGUGGCUAAAUACCUAGCCUUUUACAUGUAAACCUGUCUGCAAAAUUAGCUUUUUUAAGAAAAGAAAAAAAAAAUGGAGGGGGGGGUUUAAUUUAUCAUUCAGAAAUCUUGCAUUUUCAGAAAUUCAGUGCAAGCGCCAGGCGAUGUGUGUCUAAGGAGAUACAAUUUUGAACCAUAUGGGCAGUGUACAAAAUAUCAUGAAACAACUAUUUCCACACUUGCACCUGAUCAAGAGCAGUGCUUCUCUGUUUGUUUUGCAGAGAAAUGUUUUUUCAUUUCCGAUGUGUUCCAUUUCCCUCUGAAAUACUUGAUUUGAUUUUAUCCAUUUUUUAAGGCUCCUCUUUUUUCUCCUUUCUUAAGGCACUGUUGCUAUGGCACUUUUCUAUAAUCUUUUCAUUCCUGUGUACAGUAGCUUAAAAUUGCAGUGAUUGAGCAUAACCCACUUGUUUGUAUAAAUUAUUGAAAUCCAUUUGCACCCUGUAAGAAUGGAAUGGACCUAAAAGUACUGCUGGACGUGAGUGUGUGCUGAAUUACAUUGAUUGCUCAAAUGUAAGGAAAUGGCCCAAUGAACAUGGUUGUGGGAGGGGAAAGAGGAAACAAAGCUAGUCAGAUGUGAAUUGUAUCUGUUGUAAUAAACAUGUUAAAACAAAUAAAAUGUUAUUUUUCUUUUCCUUUGGUCAAAUGCAUAUUAGAAUUUGAACUACCUGGGGAUUCUUUAUCAGAACUAUUCUUGUUGAAUGUUUAUACUUAAUUGAAAUAAGUCCUUAAAGAAGGUUUCGUUUAAAGCAGAUGAACAGGAAAUGUGUAUAAGAUAUUUAAUGAAAUAUGAAAUUCAACAAGAAUGAUUAAGUCACUUCCCAAGUGGUUGUCAUUUGUUAAAUCCUGGUUUACCUGUCUUGCUAUUAUGACAUUUCAUUUUGAAGGAUGUUUGUGUUGUAGCUAACUGUUCAAGUCUGGUGCUGACUGCUGUUCUUAGCCAUCACAAAACGCUAAAUUUGUGUAAUUGGAGCUUCCUACUGUUAGCUGGAAAUGGUGGAGAAGCUCAGCUUUGUAUAUUGUUUUCCUAAAGUAUAUUAAAAUAAAAAAAGAAACUAUUGCUACUAUAAAAUUACCUUGGCUUUUUUUUUCUCUGUUAAAAUAUUGGUCAGCUGGCCUUAGCAUGACACUGCCAGUAUUAUAUCAAGUCACAAGGGUUUCUUUAUGCAGAAAAAAAAUCUUAAUUUCAAAAUCUUAUCCAAUUUUAGAGCCUAUUUUUCCUGUCGAGGCAGAUGUAUUCAUGUGCUUUCAGAGAACUGCCAGCACCAAGGGCUUAUUUUGUGAUGUGAGACCUUAAUGUUAUUACAUUCUGGGAUACUAAAUUUUGAAAUUGCUCUUGUUGCUUUAAGCAUAUUUAAGGUAUAGAAGAUAAUGCUCAGACUUUUCAAUAAAAUUUAAAAAGUAAACUGUAAGAGAUAGUAUGGAUGAUAUUUUCUAAAAUACAAAAAUGUUCCAGUAUAAUUAAGAGGAAUUAGAAUCUGAUACUGGAGACUGAUUUUUUUUUUUAUUGUAACUUGAGCAUAAAAUGUAAGAAGCACCAAAUGUCAUAAGUUAUAUCAUCAUGAAAUGUUUAUACCUAUGAGAUUGUUAACAUUUGCUGGACUUGAUUAGUGCAUGUAAAUGAAACUCCAAAGAGUACUAUGUUAAGCUGGAACCCUUACUAAUGUAGUCCCAUAUGUUUCCAGGAUAGAAGUAAGCACUUUGCUCUGUGGUAGGCAAAGGUUUCCUGAUUAGAUGGUAACUCGUAUAAAAGAUGCCUGAUUUGAAAUUUCCUGGUGAAUUUUUAAACAGAAAAUUAAAAUUUUUGUAGUCUAUUUUUACAAUAUUUGAAUCACUUAUUCUAUAAAAAAUUAUUUUAAAUAUUACACUUUAAUACAGACAUGGUGUCCAGCUACUAACCUUCUUGAGGUAACCAGGGACAGUUUCUAAAAAUAGACAUAAUAUCAGAGAAUACGUGGGCACCUUGAUUCAAAUAAUUUGAGAAUGGAAAUAUGAAUAGCCCCUAGGAAACCUCAGGGUUUUAAUUUUUGUUUUAAAAGGGACAUAUUCAAACUAUGUUGUUAUAAAAUGUAUUUUGUGAAGGUGGGUAUGUUAGAACCUGGGUCUUUACCCUGAAGAACCAGCUUCCCUACUAUUUUUUCUAUGUAGUUCAACUAACUUUUCAUUUUAAAACUUGGACUAUAUUUCCAGAUUUUUAACACCCUGAAAAUUCCCAUGCAUCAGCUCUUUUUUAAAGACAUUAUGCUUUUAAUAGCCCAAAUGAAUGAUUUUAUCUUCUAAUUUUAUAUGUCUGUUUCACACUUGUAAUAUAUUGGAAAGGAGGUGCUUAAAACUGCAAAGAAGGAAUUGUUACCCCAUUUCAAAAAUAACCUAUUGUUCUGUUUAAACAGCCUUAGCUUUAAGGGAUUAUUUCCCCAGAGGUGGGGGCAGGGCGUGAAGGAAGUCACUCUGCAAAUCAGAACUAUUACAGACUUAAAUCAGGACUUAACACUACUGUAUUUAGAUAUGGGGUUUGAAUAUACGGAUUUCAAUACCUGUAAAUACGGCUAUAUCUUGUAUUUGUACUGAAGUGUACAAAAUUACACUAAAAAGUAAUAAAUAUGUUUUGACUAUA